AGACAUGGAAGGUAGCGGCAAUUCACGAGAAGAUGUGGGUGGGCCUAGAAACCCACAGCAAGCAGCUGCAUCUAAAAAGAUGCAACAGACUCAGGCAACAGUCGAUGAGGUCGUGGGGAUAAUGAAAGUAAACGUCGAGAAAGUACUGGAGAGAGAUCAGAAGCUCUCUGAGCUGGAGAACCGUGCCGAUGCUUUGCAACAAGGAGCAACACAGUUCGAACAGCAGGCAGGCAAACUGAAAAGGAAAUACUGGUGGAAAAAUCUCAAAAUGAUGAUCAUCAUAGGGAUUAUCUGCGUGAUCAUUCUAAUCAUCAUCAUUGCCUCUCUUGUGCCCAGCUCGUCAUCGGAGCCCGAAAAACACUGAUAGCAUUAUGUCAAUGGAAAUCUAAUACUUGGCUUGUUAAUUUUUGUCUUAGAGCGACAAUUCAUUCUGAUGAUGUAAGUUACGGGCAAAAGAAUUUUUUAAUAUAUUACAAUCUGCAGUCUUGUUCAAAGAAAUUGCUGCAUUAGCAACAAGUACAUAUCUACAUCUUUGUAUACAUAUACAUAUAUAUUUUUGAGACUUAAACUUAUUCAAACGCACAUUUCAACUAACUGCAGUAUUAAUACGGGUGGUCUUUCUCCAUUUUUCUCUUUUAUUUUUCGUAAAACUAUAAACAGACAAUACAUUUCCUAAUGUUAUCUUGUUAAAAUGCUUAUUGUACAUUUAUUAAUGAUAUAUAAUAUAUAAUAUAACGUUUAUACUUUUUCCCAAAAACUUUUGAGUCAUUCAGGCUCCUAUUUAGCCUUGCUCCUUGUCCAGAUUUCAUUUUCCAAUAAUUUAUUCAUUUCUUUUCCACGAAAAUCAUUUUCUUUAGGUGAUAUUAUAGAAUACGUUAAUUAGAGUUAAGGCUUUAUUAUUAGAACCAUGUGUGCACUUUAAUUUAAUACGAUACUAUUGUUUCCAAAUAAAAAUUAAAAAGAA